AUGUCGAGCGAAAUCGAGAUUGAGUUUCAAGCGGCCAUCGACACGGGCAAAAUCAAUGGUGCAGUCAUCUGUGCCACUGAUGCCCAAGGUCAUUUUAUCUAUGACAGAGCCCUUGGGCAGCGGACUCUGCUGUCAGGAGAACAUCGUCCACAACAACUCGAUGAUGUGCUCUACCUGGCCUCGGCUACAAAGCUCAUGACCACCAUUGCCGCUCUGCAAUGUGUUGAGGAUGGGCUCCUGACUCUCGAUGGCGACCUUUCUUCCAUCGCACCCGAGUUAGCAGCCAAGCAAGUCAUCACAGGUUUCUCCGAAGACGACGAAGAACCCAUCCUUCAGCCGCUGAACCGACCCAUCACUCUCGAGAUGCUUCUCACCCACAGCUCUGGCGCUACAUAUGACUUUAUGAACCCACUUCUCAUGAAAUGGCGAAAAAAGUUUGACUUUUCCCCCCCUGAUGCUAAACGCCGAGUCGAAGAUGCAUUUGCCUACCCACUCGCAUUCCAGCCCGGCGAAGGCUGGAUGUAUGGCCCUAAUCUCGACUGGGCAGGUCGAAUUGUCGAAAGAGUCACCAGAGGGACAUUGGGAUCACACAUGCACCAACGAAUCUUCGGCCCUCUUGGGAUCACCGACGCACAGUUCUACCCUGUGACUCGACCUGGGCUGCGCGAGCGUCUUGUCGAUCUCAACCCGUCCGACCCAGAGGCACAUGGUCUGGCCGUCACGGGCCAAACCGAGGCAAACAAGCGCUCGGAGGGAGAUUUCGGUGGCCACGCCCUCUUCAUGACAGCACCUGACUACGUCAAAGUCCUGAAAUCCUUGCUCAGAAACGACGGGAAAAUCCUUAAGCCGCAAACCGUGGACGACAUGUUCCAGAACCACCUGACCCGUCCAGACGCCGCUGCCGGUCAUCAAGCUGCAAUGGAUGGGCCGAUGGGCAUCUUCUUCCGCGUCGGCACAGACCCAGACUCCAAGGCUGGAUUUGGUCUGGGUGGCUUGUUGACCAUGCAAGACUUGGAGGGUUGGUAUGGUGAAGGUACUUUGACUUGGGGUGGAGGCAUGACUUUUGCUUGGUUCGUCGAUCGUAAGAAUGACUUGUGUGGCGUAGCUGCCGUUCUGAGUGCAUUGCCUCUGGAUGGAAAGUUGAUCUCGGAACUCAAGCAGAGUUUCCGCAGGGGUAUCUAUCGUGAACGGACCGCGUGGAAGGCGCAGCAGGAAUGA